GAAAAUGUCUGUGUAAUGUAGAUAAAUGUGAGGGAUUUUCUCUCUAAAUCCGUCUCCUGUUCGCUAAAUCUCACUUCUCCAAAACGAGCCUGCGCAAUGGAACAAAGUCGGAAUAUUGAGAUGUGACAUUGCCCGCAUCUCAUCCUCUUUCUCCCUGUUUUUAAUGACUUUAAACAAGUUCAUUUUCGUCGGGCUUUGUCUUGUGGAGACCCGUGGGGAUGUCUAGCGCUUUUUCCUUUCAGUGGCAUUUAUGUGAUGUCUUCAAGAGUGCGAUGUGCUGUAUCUCCUGUAGCCACACCCUCUCACUACUGCUGUGCGUCCUCACCCUGACUCCGACGGCAACAGGGGCGGGCCCUGAGACCCUGUGCGGGGCGGAGCUGGUCGACACGCUGCAGUUUGUCUGUGGAGAGCGAGGCUUUUAUUUCAAUAAACCAACAGGCUAUGGCCCCAGUGCAAGGCGGUCACGUGGCAUCGUGGAUGAGUGCUGCUUCCAAAGCUGUGAGCUGCAGCGCCUUGAGAUGUACUGUGCACCUGUCAAGACUCCCAAGAUUUCUCGCUCUGUGCGUUCACAGCGGCACACAGACAUGCCAAGAACACCCAAGGUUAGUAGCAGAGCGAGCAAGGGGACAGAGCGUAGGACAGCGCCUCAGCCAGACAAGACAAAAAACAAGAAGAGACCUUCACCUGGACAUAGUUCAUCCUUCAAGGAAGUCCACCAGAAAAACUCAAGUCGAGGAAGUUCGGGGGGCAGGAAUUACAGAAUGUAGGGAAGGAGCAAAUGGACAAAUGCCCAGCAACUUGGGAGGAGAGAAGGGAGUGGCCUUACCUGGUACCCCUGUGGAAUGGUUCACUGUAAAACAAAAGAAAGAAGAUGCUAAUAAUGACCUGAAAAGCUCUUCAAAAUGAUUGAAAACAGAGAGCUAGGUGGUGUGUAAGGGUCUGAUGUGGAAAGUUGUGAUUAUUUUAUACACUGCACCAUUCCAUACUGGGAGGAAUUCUUUGUUAAUGCAAUGUAACAGACUAGUUUAGCUGCUAAGACACGAACAAGAGCUUAUUAUACCUCCAUGUGGGAGCUGCAGCCUCCCCAGGCUCCAGGAAAGAUGGGAACGUAUCUGGGCCUCAGCCAAUCAGAGAGCAGCAUGACUGUGGCUCGGUCACAUUUAACAGUUAGUACCCCAGUUCAAAGCUGAUAUAUUACCUUCAGAGUUUGUUUUUAUGCACCAUCCAUUACUGUGGAUAUUUUUAUUAUGUAAAAAAAAUAAAUAAAAAAGGUUUGCUUUAAGGACAAAGAC